AUGCCUGAAUAUAUUGACCUCUUAUCAUCCGAUCCCCCUGCUCCUCCCGAUCCGAAACAGCAUGCGCAACCGCAACAGUCAGUCGAGCUCCCGUCGCGCCGUCCAUCACACCAGCUCAACCCGAUUUCCUCAGACCCAUUCGACUCCUCACUGUUCAACUACGAUAUUACAUUUGACAAGCCCGCCAAAAAGCGAAGAGUAAGCCAAGAGCCUGCAUCAUCUUUAGGUCAGAAUACCAAAGGAAAAGAAGCGCGCGUUCCAACCUCUGUUGGAGACUCGUGGUUUGCCAUCUCCGACGACGAUUUCGACCUGCCGCCCUUGAACGCCGCGGGACAAAAGAAGCCAACAAAGUCACACAUAGAGGAGUCAGAUCCAAUUGUUUUUACAUCUCCUGCACCAGGCCCUUUGCCCAAGCCUUUGGCGUCACGCAAGCAAAAUAAGUCAACUCACGAUGUGUUUGACUUCGAUAAUGAUGAUGAUUUUUUGAAUUUGAACAAACCCCCUCCGUCGAGUUUAAGAGGGCGCAGUGAUAUCGAGGAAUUCAGUGAUCCGUUUGCUUUACCGGAAUUUGUCGAUCUAUUGGAUAAACCCGAACCGAAGAGUGCAUCAAAUUCUCUAUUUUCUUCAACAACUGCUCGUCUUCUUGCUCAAAUUGGCAAUGAUAAAUCAAAUGCAGCCCCUAGCACACGAGGGCUUAGGGGAAAUGCUCAAUCCCAGGCUACGGAUAUCUUCCUGGAUGAUAUUGAUGAGCCUAUGGCUCCUCAAAAGCCAACGAAGAAGACCAGCAAGAUUGAUCCUGCGGAUAAGGAAGCCAAGGCACGAGUACGGGAGGCGACCAAGUUACAGAAAGAGCGAGAAAAAGAGUUGGAGAAAGAGCGCAAACAGAAGCUCAAAGAGGACAAAGCAAAGGAGAAGCAACGGGCUGCUGAUAUCGCAAGUGUGAACAAACUCAAAGUAAACAAGAAGGACUCCACGCCGGAAAUGAUCAUCGACAUGGCAACUUCUCUUGAGGAGACCAGCGUUGGUACUCAAACUAUCGAGUUCAUGAAACGACUAGGCGUCCAGCAGACAUUCUUUGCGAGUACAAUUCCCAAUGUUGUCAAAUGGCGUCGCAAAAUAAAUGCCACAUACAACCGAGUUGCACGACACUGGGAGCCUUGUCCGUCAUUCAUCCAAGAAGAAGACCAUGUCCUGUGCCUCGUGCCGGCGCAAGAUUUUAUCAACAUGAUCACCUCAACAUCAGAAGCUGAAGAAAGACAAUCUUUAGAGCAACAUGUGCUCCAAAUCAAAGCAGCAUACUCAACAUGCAAACCAAUUUAUCUAAUUGAAGGACUGACCGCGCUCAUGCGCAAGAACCGUAACGCCCGAAACAGAGCCUUCCAGGCCGAAGUCUUACGCCAAUACGCAGAAACAGCCGAGCCAGAGCCUGCUACGACUAAUACUCGAGGCCGUUCACGAAAACAAAAGAAAACCACAGACAUUGCAACCCUUGUCGACGACGAGACUAUCGAAGACGCCCUCCUCCAAUUACAAGUAACACACUCCUGCCUCAUACACCACACAACAGCACCACCGGAUUCAGCUGAAUGGAUCAAGAAUUUUACCGAGCACAUCUCGACCGUCCCGUACCGCCGAGAACGCCAGGAAGCAAAUAAUGCCGCAUUCUGCAUGGACGUCGGGCAGGUCAAGUCUGGUGUGGACAAGCAUGACACAUUCGUCAAGAUGAUGCAGGAGGUCAAUCGUAUUACUGCGCCGAUGGCAUAUGGCAUUGCGGGCCAGUAUCCCUGCGUCACGGAUUUGAAAUCUGCCAACAAGAAUGGCUCGUUGACCAAUGCGCGCAUUGGGCCCGCUGCUAGUAGACGUUUGUAUAAAGUGUUCACAGGUUUGGACCCUACUUCGACAGAUGUGUAG